AUGUCUUCCAGACUUCUGCCCAACGGGAGACGCGAACAUGUCCCCAGAUCCGCAGUCCCUGUUCCCCCCAGCGAGGGCGAGCGACCCUCAGCCACACCCUCAGACUCUGGAGGCAACAAGAAUUAUAAGCCACCAGUCCGUGGGUUCUUCAGCGACGAUAGCAAAACACACACAUCAGGCUCAAGCUCUCAAGUCAGGAAACAAUACAUCGGUCUACCUAACGAAUAUGCACGACCAGCAUACUCAGUCGGCUCGGAUACCGGCACAGAUUCCAGUUCGCAAAAAGGCUUCAAUGGUACAAAGACCAGGGAAGCGGCCUGGCUUACCUCGCAAAAGCGUGCCAUACAAAACCUAGGCGAACAUCUCAAAGAAGCUACUGGAUACAUCACAGCGCUUGUCAAGAUCUUAGAUGCGGUGGAGGAUAUUCGUAGGGGACACAAGAAGGAGUUUGAAUUUCCUGAUGAUCUUUCAACGUUCUACAAGACUUGCUUGCCUGUUCGGGGGCCAUUUGAUCAUGCGGGAGCGCUGGCUGUGACGCUGGCGGAUAAAGUGUUGGAGUAUGCGGAUGGUGUCAGUGUGGCCUUGAGUGCUGUGCAGAAGCUGAAGUAUAAUGGAAAAGCCAGGGAGAGCAGUGAAACCGCUGGAAGAAACGCAGAAGAGUGUUUGAUAUCACAGGUGCCGUCAUUGUUGAGGGCGGCAGAGGUCCUUCAUGGUUUAUAUAAGAUUAUGGAAAGAUGCAAGUUCGAGGGAGACAGUGAGGUCCCUCGGUUCGGGACUCGAGAUAAUGUGGAGAGGCUGAAGAGGCGUGAGCAAGAGUUGUUGAGACUCAAGAACGGUAUGACUGGUUGGGUCAGAGAGUUGCAGAAUUUGGAUGUUGAUUUUUGA